CUGUCUGGCUUUCUCUCUGUAGAUUUAAGCUUUUUGGAGGCAGUUUUGUGACGUUUGACUCACCCUUGGAGUAAUGUGAACAGCAGGUCUCCAACUUGCAUGCUGUGUCAACGUGGAACCGGCAGUGUGUCUUAACCCUCACCUAAAGCGGAAAUUUUAGAAGAACAGAAUGGGUGUCUGGUUAAAUAAAAGUGACUGUGUCAGAGACUUGAAAAAGAUCAUUCUCUGUGUUUUAGUAGUAGUGUAUAUGGCUAUUUUAGUAGGCUCAGAUCAGGAUUUUUAUAGUUUACUAGGCAUAUCCAAAACAGCCAGCAGUAGAGAAAUACGGCAAGCUUUCAAGAAGCUGGCAUUGAAGUUACAUCCUGACAAAAAUCCAAAUAAUCCAAAUGCACAUGGUGAGUUUUUGAAAAUUAAUAGGGCAUAUGAAGUUCUCAAAGAUGAAGAUCUGCGGAAAAAGUAUGACAGAUACGGAGAAAAGGGGCUUGCAGACAAUCAAGGAAGAAGCCAGUAUGAAAGUUGGAACUACUAUCAUUACGACUUCGGUAUUUAUGACGAUGAUCCAGAAAUCAUAACAUUGGAGAGAAGAGAAUUUGAUGCCGCUGUUAAUUCUGGAGAGCUGUGGUUUGUAAACUUUUACUCCCCGGGAUGUUCCCACUGCCAUGAUCUAGCUCCCACGUGGAGAGACUUUGCCAAAGAAGUGGAUGGGCUGCUUCGGAUUGGAGCUGUUAAUUGUGGUGAUGAUAGAGCGCUUUGCCAAAUGAAAGGGGUCAACAGUUAUCCCAGCCUCUUCAUUUUUAGAUCUGGAAUGACUGCAGUGAGAUACCAUGGCGACAGAUCAAAGGAAGAUUUAGUGAGGUUUGCCAUGCAGCACGUUAGGAGCACUGUGACCGAGUUAUCGGCAGGAAACUUCGUUAAUUCCAUCCAAACUGCUUUUGUUGCUGGCAUUAGCUGGCUGAUCACUUUUUGUUCCAGAGGAGGAGACUGUUUGACUCCUCAGACACGACUGCGGCUCAGUGGCAUGUUGGAUGGUCUUGUUAACGUGGGCUGGAUGGACUGUGCCACCCAGGACAGCCUUUGUAAAAGUUUGGAUGUGAAAGCAAAUACUAUGGUCCACUUUCCGUCUGGAGCCACUUUGAGUCUUAAUUCACUGGAUGCUAAAGAAAUAUAUUUGGAAGUAAUGAGUAAUCUUCCAGGUUUUGAAGUCCUUUCAGCAAAUACGCUAGAGGAUCGUUUGGCUCAUCAUAGAUGGCUCUUAUUUUUUGAUUUUGGACAAAAUCAAAAUUCAAAUGAUUCUGAGUUGAAGAAACUGAAAACUUUACUCAAAAAUGAACAUAUUCAGGUUGGCAGGUUUGACUGCUCGUCCGCACCUGACGUCUGCAGGACUCUCUAUAUCUUCCAGCCUUGUCUAGCAGUUUUUAAAGGACAAGGAACCAGAGAAUAUGAAAUCCACCAUGGAAAGAUGAUUCUAUAUGAUAUCCUUGCUUUUGCCAAAGAAAGUGUUAAUUCUCAUGUCACCACACUUGGACCUCAAAAUUUUCCUGCCAAUGAAAAAGAACCAUGGCUUGUUGAUUUUUUUGCCCCCUGGUGUCCACCCUGUCGAGCUUUAUUACCAGAAUUACGAAAAGCUUCCAAACACCUUUAUGGUCAGCUUAAGUUUGGUACCCUGGAUUGUACAGUUCAUGAGGGGCUCUGUAGCACGUAUAACAUUCAGGCUUAUCCAACAACAGUAGUAUUUAACCAGUCCAAUAUUCAUGAAUAUGAAGGGCAUCAUUCUGCUGAACAGAUUCUGGACUUCAUAGAGGAUCUUAGGAAUCCUUCCGUGGUCUCCCUUACACCCACUACUUUCAAUGAGCUGGUUAAACAAAGAAAGCAUGAUGAAGUAUGGAUGGUUGAUUUCCAUUCUCCGUGGUGUCAUCCAUGUCAAAUGUUAAUGCCAGAGUGGAAAAGAAUGGCCCGGAUGUUAAUUGGACAGAUCAACGUAGGCAGUGUAGACUGCCAACAGUAUCAUUCUUUUUGUGUCCAAGAAAAUGUUCAGAGCUACCCUGAGAUAAGAUUUUUCCCCCCAAAGUCAAAUAAAGCUUAUGAAUAUCACAGCUACAGAGGUUGGCAUAGGGAUGCAUAUUCCCUAAGAAUUUGGGGUCUAGGAUUUUUACCUCAAGCCUCCGUAGAUCUAACACCUCAGACUUUCAAUGAGAAGGUUUUGCAGGGGAGCAGUCACUGGGUGAUCGAUUUCUAUGCUCCAUGGUGUGGACCUUGCCAAAAUUUUGCUCCAGAGUUUGAACUCUUGGCUAGGACAAUUAAGGGGAAAGUGAAAGCUGGGAAAGUAGACUGCCAAGCUUAUGCCCAGACGUGCCAGAAAGCUGGUGUCCGAGCCUACCCGACUGUCAGGCUGUUUCUCUACGAGAGGGCCAAGAGAAAUAUUUGGGGAGAGCAAAUAGACAUGAGAGAUGCAAAAGCUAUAGCUGAUUUAAUAUAUAAAAAACUGGAAACGCUACAAGAUCAAGGAAAGAGAAGUAAGGAUGAACUUUGAUAAUAUGAAGAAUUUGAAAGGAAAAGUAACUCUGACGUGACAUCCAAAGACACCAUUUUUAUUCCUAGUGGGAAAAAAUAAUGAAUAUUAUCUGGGACUUACAGUUGCACUGCCUACUUCUGUACAACAUUGGCAUAAAUCAAGGAUCUGCAGACAUGCAAUACAAAGACAGAUCAUAAAUAUUAAGUGUUUUUGUUUUUCGGUUUGCUUUGUUUUGUUUUGUGACUUGUUUUGAAAACCCAUUUGAAAAAUGUAAACGUCAUUCUUAGCUCAGCCCUCAAAAAAGUAGUCCAUGACCAAAUUCAGCCUUGGCUGUAUGCUUCUGGCUCCUGGAAAUGGUAUUCGGGGGCUGUGUCUGCACUGUUGACAUCCGUGUCUAGGUGACCGAGGCGGACUUCUCACUGGGUUUUGUGCUUCCCUUGAAAGGGACACCUGGUUUCCUAAGAAUUCUGUCUGUGGCCAUAUUUCCUUUGAAAAACACACUCCUAGUAUGGAAAAAUAAAGAUACCCUGUUUUUA